UCAGCGCUCCCCAGCCCUGCGACGUCAAGUGCUGGCGAUGACGCGGAGGGGGGAACGUGUUGUUGUGGGGGAGGCCUGUUGUCAUUCGGUUCAACCUCUCACCAUCCAUUCGCAGCCGGUGUGCUUUGUUCCCGGGAUGAUGACGCUGUUGUCACCGUGACAGCUGUCACAUGCCAUAAAGACGACAGUGGAACUGUCAUGGCUGCCGCCAGCAUCUUUAGCAUCUUCUCCAGCGAUCGUUGUCGUCGGUGCGGCCUCUUGUGUCUUCUUUGUCGCUGUUUACAUUAAUCGAGUGAGGCUACUUGUGAAAAGUUGCCGUCAUUUAGGAAUUCAGACACGAUGUGCAAUCGUGGUACUUGCUUUUGUGUCCUGUCAUCGGUCGACGCUAGCAUUAGCUUGUCGUGUGCAUCGUUUUUGUAGCAAGUGAAUGAAGUAUGGCCGAGCAAGACCUUUGUCCCCACCUGGACGCCAUAGGAGAGGUCACCAAAGAUGACCUCCUUCAGAAAUCCAAGGGAACCUGCCAGUCAUGUGGUGUCGGGGGGCCAAACCUCUGGGCCUGUCUUCAGAAUGACUGCGCAUUCGUUGGCUGUGGAGAGUCCUACUCUGAUCACAGCACCCUGCAUGCUCAGGCUAAGAAGCACAACCUGACAGUGAACCUGACCACUUUUAGGAUCUGGUGCUAUGUGUGCGAGCGGGAGGUGUUUCUAGAGGCCAGGCCCGCCCUGGUGCCUGCAGCCCCCCACCACUGUGCAGCCUUGGAGCAGGAAGCCGCGCCACUUGGUCACCCACUAAAAGGCGUGCCGAUCGCCGUGGCAGAAGACGAAGGGUCUGAGUCUGAAGAGGACGAGCUUAAACCCAGAGGUAUAUCGCUUCCGUCGUUCCUCAUUUCCUCUCCCAAACAACAUCAGAUUGCAUUUCUCUCGUCACAUCUUUCAGGUCUAACAGGGAUGAAAAAUAUUGGCAACUCCUGCUACAUGAAUGCUGCUCUCCAAGCCCUGUCCAACUGUCCUCCUCUCACUCAGUUCUUCCUGGACUGCGGCGGUCUGGUGCGGACCGAGAAGAAGCCCGCUCUCUGCAAGAGCUACCAGAAACUAAUCUCAGAACUCUGGCAUAAAAAACGGCCCAGCUAUGUGGUGCCGACCAGUCUGUCUCAUGGCAUCAAGUUGCUGAACCCCAUGUUUCGUGGUUAUGCUCAGCAGGUAGGGUCAAGCACCCAGCAGGACACACAGGAGUUUCUGCGCUGUCUGAUGGACCAGCUCCACGAGGAGCUCAAAGAGCCUUUGAGCGAGUGCGGCGUGAGCAGCGACAGCGAGGAGAGGCUGGACGGCGACCGCUCCCCGUCCGAGGAUGACUUCUUGUCCUGCGACUCGGGCUCCAGCAGCGACCGGGGAGAGGUGGGAGGCGCUGGGGACAGUGAGCUGCAGGGGCAGGAUGAGUGCGACGGCAUCCAUUUGCCCUCGGCGGCGGGGGACGGCCCCGUCGGCGGGGUGAUCUCGGAGAAGGAGAGGCUGAAGGAGAGGAGGGUGUCCGGCUCGCCGCUACGCGGAGCCUCACAGGAAAUAGAUGAGGAUGCGGAUGUGGACACCGCAGCUGGGGAUGGCGUUGCAGAGAGAGGAGACGAGGAGGAGGAGGAGUGCGUGUUGGGGCCAAAUAGUGACACCCAAACGCAAGACAACAAGCAAUCAAGUCCUACAGGAGCAGACAAGAGCUCAGAGCCAAACAAUGAAGCGUCAAUGCCCCACCCACAUUCCACUCCCUGCAGUCCCGUCAGGAGCCUCCAGGAGCUCCAUUCCAAACUGUCCUCCAGUCCGCCUCGCUCCAGCCCACUACGCUCGGCAGGAGCUGCCUACCCUUUUAAGAAAGCUCAACUGCUGCUCACGUCCAAGAAGAAGAAGCAGGUGCACUAUCGCAGCGUCAUCUCUGACAUCUUUGACGGCUCCAUCCUCAGCCUGGUCCAGUGCUUGACCUGUGACAGGGUGUCUACUACAGUGGAAACCUUCCAAGACCUGUCCCUGCCUAUUCCUGGGAAGGAGGACUUAGCCAAGCUGCACUCCUCCAUCCACCAGAACAUGCCAGUCAAGACCGGCACAAGUCCUGAAACGUACGGCUCACAGGGAUGGAUCUCCUACAUCAUGGACUCCAUACGCCGGUUUGUGGUCUCGUGCAUCCCCAGCUGGUUUUGGGGUCCCAUGGUGACUUUGGAGGACUGCCUUGCUGCCUUCUUUGCUGCAGAUGAACUCAAAGGAGACAACAUGUACAGCUGCGAGAGAUGUAAAAAGUUGAGAAAUGGGGUGAAAUACUGCAAAGUGCUCCGACUUCCAGAGAUUCUGUGCAUUCACCUGAAACGUUUCCGGCAUGAGGUGAUGUAUUCCUUCAAGAUCGGCAGCCAUGUUUCCUUCCCGCUGGAGGGCCUAGACAUGCGACCCUUCCUGGCCAAGGACAGUCCCUCCCAAGUCACCACUUAUGAUCUGCUCUCUGUCAUCUGUCACCACGGCACUGCUGGAAGUGGGCACUACAUAGCGUACUGUCAGAACGUCAUGAACGGGCAGUGGUAUGAAUUUGAUGACCAGUACGUCACUGAGGUCCACGAGACUGUGGUGCAGAAUGCAGAAGCCUAUGUGCUCUUCUACAGGAAAAGCAGCGAGGACUCUGUGAGAGAGAGGCAGAAGGUGGUGGCUCUGGCCAGCACCAAGGAGCCAAGCCUGCUGCAGUUUUACAUCUCACGAGAAUGGCUCAACAAGUUCAACACCUUCGCAGAGCCCGGUGCCAUCAGCAACCACACCUUCCUCUGUCACCAUGGAGGCAUCCCCCCUAAUAAAUACCACUACAUUGACGACCUGGUCGUCAUCGUGCCGCAGAAUGUGUGGGAGUACCUUUACAACAGGUUUGGAGGCGGGCCCGCAGUCAACCACCUGUACAUGUGCGCCAUCUGCCAGGUGGAGAUCGAGGCGCUGUCUAAACGCAGAAAAACAGAAAUAGACACCUUCAUUAAGCUGAACAAAGAGUUCCAGGCCGAGGAGGCGCCCACAGUCAUCCUCUGCAUCAGCAUGCAGUGGUUCCGCGAGUGGGAGAGUUUCGUCAAAGGCAAAGACAAAGAGCCUCCUGGUUCCAUCGACAACAGUAAGAUAGGCGUCAUGAAGGCAGGACACAUUCAGCUCAAGCAAGGCGCAGAUUACGGUCAGAUUUCAGAGGAGACCUGGCAGUACUUGUUGGCCAUUUACGGCGGCGGACCCGAGAUUGCCGUCAGACAAACGGUGGCCGCACCCGACCCCGACAGCCUUCACGGAGAGAGGAAGAUAGAAGCUGAGACCAGAGCGCUCUGACAUCACAAAAGCUCCUCUCCACCGUUUGCCCUCGCAGACAGCUGAGGAAUUUGCACCUCCCCGCCUGUGAGUGGAUGUCGCAGCGGUAUAUACUCUGCUGCCACUGGACGGAAACAGCGCUUCUUAUUGUGGACUUUUUUUGUUAUUCUGGAAAUGAAGUUAAAGCCUGAGAUUCAUGUUAAGACAUCGACUGAAGCUGCUGCAUCUUGUAUCAAGUCGACGUCUUCUUUACCACAGAGACCUUUCCUUUCCUAUUGCUGGCCUGCUUAUUACUUGCAUAGCAGCCUGCACACCUGCAGCCCACAUUGUUAAAUAAAUACACACUGCAUCUGGAACGUCUAGCCAGCGCAAAUGAAAGCACCUAGCAUGCGUGCAAGGAGCAAUUAUUUUCAUGUGAACUUCAAAAGAAAAGCAUGCAGCUCAUUUCACCAACAGUAUGAAUGCAGCGUUUGCAUUUUCUUUUCUUUUCGGAAAAACGGAACUUCUGAAGCACUCCUGUUCAGGUCCAGGGCACCACUAGCCAUAAAACAUGUUUCAAGAUGCUUGCAUGGAUGGUGAUAAAAUGUCACGAGCAAGAACACGGCGACAACAGUGCAUUGUUUACAAAAGAUUAUCUUGAACCAAGUGAAAAGGUUUUGAAGUCAUAACAAGCUGACAAACAAUAGGUCUAGGUCUGAAUAUACUUGUGAGCUGUAGUUGUAUGGAUUAGCAGCAUUUUAAAUAACCACUUACCAGCUCGCAGCUCGCAUCAUGUGACACACACACACGUCCUUCAGUAGAAAUAGAUUUCAAAUUGAGCACUUAAAAUUGGAAUCUAGAGCCUCCAAAGGGGUUGAAUCAAGCUCAGCUAGUAGUAUCAUACUCUGAAAAUGUUGGCCUUUCAGUGCAGCUAUAACUUCAUGAAAUGCACCCGAAUUAUCCCCCAAGCAAGAGUCCGAGAGUCCAGCUGCUAACGGUCACCCGUAACCUUACGUCACGACGGAAUGUCAACCACUGUUGCACACGACAGCAGUGCCACUUUGAAAUGUCAACAGGAUGUUCUUCAUGUAUCUCCGUGUGAUGCACUGGUUGGUGAUUAAAUGAUUAAAGUGGUUGGUAUUUCA